GAUAAAAGAAAAGAUAAAAGAGAAGAGGAUAAAAGAGAAGAAGAAGAUGAGGUGAGAGAAUGAGUACCAGCAAAAGUAUUAACGUAUAUGGAAGUAUUUCACUUUCUUGUGACUUUUAUCUACUUAACUUUGGAAGCCAAAAAGGAGAGCCAAAACAAAAUCCUUCACAUACACACCUUUAAGACAUAAGUAUAGGGAUGGCUCCCAUACGGAGACCACUGGAUAUCUGGCUCUCUCCUGUUUUUUUGACUAUGCCGCCUAAAACCUUCCCCUUUAAAUUGUCUUCUCAUCACCUUCCAUUUCCAUAACCCCCUCUGCACCUCUCCUCUUAAGAACCCUAGAACAACAUACACAAGCAUCCUCCUCUCUCUCUCUCUCUCUCUCUCUCUCUCUCUAUGUGUGUCUUUGAGGCAAAAAUGGGGUCGCCACCUUAUGCCUUUCUCAAACAAAAGGCUAUUAUAUUCCUCAGAUUUUUUAUGAUCAUGUUCUUGUGCUCUAUACCUGAGAAACCCGACCUUCGUUCUAAGCAAUCUUAUGUCAACUCUUCUGCUCUAUCUUAUAAGAAUUCAUCAAACAUAUCUUCACUGGAAAAAUUGAAUCUAGAUGGUUACUUCAGCUUUGAUAAUAUUGAACAUGCAGCUAAAGACUUUGGCAACAGAUACCAUUUUCAUCCAACUGCAGUUCUGUAUCCGAAGUCAGUUUCUGAUAUUGCAUCCACAAUAAACUAUAUUUUCAAUAUGGGCUCCACUUCAGAGAUAACAGUUGCUGCCAGAGGCCAUGGUCACUCCCUCCAGGGUCAAGCACAAGCUCAUCAAGGUAUAGUAAUCAACAUGGAAUCACUUCAGGUUCCAGAGAUGCAGAUUCACAUGGGGGAGACACCUUAUGUGGACGUAUCAGGGGGCCAGUUGUGGAUUAAUGUUCUGCAUGAGACUCUUAAACAUGGGCUUGCACCGAAAUCAUGGACAGAUUACCUUCAUCUCACCAUAGGGGGGACAUUAUCAAAUGCCGGAAUUAGUGGACAGGCGUUCCGUCAUGGACCUCAGAUCAACAAUGUUUACCAGCUGGAGGUUGUCACAGGGAAGGGAGAAGUAAUUACCUGUUCAGAGCAGCAGAAUGCAGAUCUCUUCUAUGGUGUUCUUGGAGGACUAGGACAGUUUGGCAUAAUCACUCGGGCCAGAAUUUCUCUUGAACAAGCACCUAAGAAGGUGAAAUGGAUCAGAGUAUUGUACUCUGAGUUUUCCAAGUUCUCCAGGGACCAAGAACAUUUAAUGUCAUCUGAGAAUUCUUUCGACUAUAUUGAAGGAUUUGUAAUUAUAAAUAGAACUGGUCUCCUCAACAACUGGAGGUCCUCCUUCAGUCCCAAAGACCCACUUCAAGCCAGCCAAUUCAUUUCAGAAGGAAGAACUUUUUAUUGUAUGGAAAUUGCUAAAUACUUCAACUCGGACGAGUCUGACCUUGUAAACCAGAAAAUUGAGGACUUGCUGUCAGAACUAAGUUAUAUUCCAUCAACACUUUUCAUGUCAGAAGUUUCUUAUGCGGAAUUCCUGGAUAGAGUACAUGUGUCUGAGAUAAAGCUCCGAGCAAAAGGCUUAUGGGAAGUUUCACACCCAUGGCUGAAUCUUCUAGUCCCAAAAAGCAAGGUUUCUGAGUUUGCUCUAGAGGUCUUUGGCAACAUUCUUACAGACAGUAGUAAUGGUCCCAUCCUCAUGUAUCCAGUCAACAAGUCCAAGUGGAACAAUCAAACAUCUUUAAUAACCCCAGGAGAAGAUAUUUUCUAUCUGGUGGCAUUCCUAUCCUCAGCAGUACCAUCUUCCACAGGCAAGGAUGGCUUGCAGCACAUUUUAACCCAAAACCAAAGAAUUCUAGAUUUCUGUUGCAAGCCUAAUAUUGGAGCUAAGCAAUAUUUGCCUCAUUAUGACACACAAGAAGAAUGGCAAGCUCACUUUGGUCCUCAGUGGGAAGUUUUUGUACAGAGGAAAUCAACUUAUGACCCUUUUGCAAUCCUAGCUCCAGGCCAAAGAAUCUUUAAAAGGCAAUAGCCUUCAUAUGAUUUUGUAGCUGCUCAAGUAAGCCACAAAAUAUACAAAGUGCACUAGAUGCAUAUGGAGUCAUGAUGCCUAAAACUGUAAAUUAUUAGAAGUCCUCAUACGUUGUUGAGUUUCCACAAGAAGCAUUAGCAAGAUAGAAAAUGAGUAAACCAUUUGACAUUGCUGUCAAUUAAGUUGAAAAUUUGAAGUAUGCCAA